AUGGACUCGGCUUCAUACGUCCCUUACCAGGCAUACAAGGCGAGUCCCGAAUCCAAACGGCACUCCCGAAAUCACAGCUUUGGCUCGCAAUCAGGGACACCGACGCCGCCAGCCUCGGCGACGUCUCCAGUGAGCUAUGUCGACACGGACGUCGCUCGAGGAAAGAGGAGAGAAGAGUCCCUAUCCCCAGCGCCUACCAUCAAGCUCGAUCCCCCUCCACCAGCGUCAAACGGCCUGCCGUCACCGCCAGAUUCCGCCCACUCUCACGAUGACGACGUGAAGUCGGUGUCCUCGACGGGCGAGGCCUCGACAAGCUCGGCCACCUCCCCAACGACCAACGGCACGAUCACCAGCCCGACGGCGAGCACGUCCGCACUGCCGCCUAACGCAACGGACGUUGCGCGCCCUACGGGACCGCAGCGGAAGUCGGCGUCCACCUUCCGGCAUAUACCCCUCAAGCCCGCGCGCCCGUCGCCUCUCAAUCCCAACUCGCGCCAUAGCUUGCGCAUCGCGUCGGAGAACGGGGCGCGCUCGCCCAGCUCGGGCACGAUAUCCGAGCCGCAGACGCGCACGUCGUCAUUCCACCUGGCGCAGUCAUCGGCAGACAAGAGGAAGACGACGUUGUCCCCCGCAUCGGCGCAUACGCCGGCGCUGCCCACGACUUCGCCAUCCCUCUCGGUCUCGACGCUCCCCGAGGAGGCACGACCCACAUCCGCAGCGUCGUCCCCCACCCCAUUACGUGCGCCGACGUCCCCGCAACACCCGGCAUUAUCCCUCUCCGUGCCGACCUCUCCACGCUUAGCAUCCCCCGGAGCAUCACGCGCAUCUACCCCCCAGUCGAUCAACAAGCCCCUUCCCCCAACGCGCGCCGCGCCAUAUCGCCCAGGUUUCCAGCCCAAAGGCGUAUACCGACCACGCACCGACGAGUUCCUGGCCCAUCGCAAGAUAGCGCACGAUGGCAAUCCGUCGGUGCCCGGUCAAGAAUCGCACAAACGGAUCGAGCGGACGAAGCUGGAGCGACGGCUGGAGAAGCUCAUCGCGUUGCAUUUUCCUCCGCUAGGUGCUGCUCAGGACGAGAAGGCGUCCUUGAAAGCACCGGCGAACCUGCGGAGACGCUCAUCGUUGUUUGACAUGGACUUCCGGUCUAUGAGCUUCAGUGAUGCGUCUUCGGAGCUGCUGCGCGGCGUACUGGAGAGUAGACAGAGCCAGAAAGAUAACAUUCGAGCGGCCGAGCAACGUAUAGCACCAUGGGAGGACGAUGCUUCCGUCACCAAAUGUCCAUGCUGCGGCGCCUCCUUCCAUCCCCUCACCAACCGCAAACAUCACUGUCGUCUAUGUGGCAAGAUCAUCUGCAGAUUACCCAUCAAGCGCCCUCAGCGCCCCGUCGUAUGCUCUUCCCUCUUCGUCGUGGACCGCGUCACUCGACAUAUCGAAGAGGUCGAGGAGGGCGUCGACUACGGUGUGCGGAAGCGACGGGUAUCGAUGGCGCCAACUACCCCGACGAAGAAUGGGGCGAGUUCGCCGGUUACUGAUGACGAGGAGAAGUUCCUGAAGGGCGUGCGGAUAUGUAGGGAUUGUCGGCCUAUACUGCUGCGACAACAAUAUGAGCAAGAGAGGCACGAUGUACCUCCCUUCGUCAAGCUCUAUGAGGCGUUCCUGCAAUUAGAGCACGAAAUUGAGGAAUAUUUGCCUCAGUUCCAGGAGCUCUUGCUCACGUUGAGUCAUGACGAUCAGCCGACGAAGGAGGCAUCCAUAGCUCGCAAGCGGCUGCUAGAGGCGUUCGCCCAGUACGACGCUCUGGCCAAGCGAAUACGAAAGCUGCCUUGUCCGGGUGGGCCGGGCAGUUCGCAGGACCGAGUGCAAGCUGCGAUCCUGAAUCGCGCGAGUGCGUUCUUGCAGAAGAACAUGUUCCCUCUGCAGGUGAGUUACAAUGUGAAGUAUACCAUGACGGUCAGCGCUAACGCUCCGCAGUCCCUCCCUCGACCCAAGCAACACAAGAAGGCCUCGUCUUCUGCGACAUCCUCCCCACCACCCGAACCACCUUCCAAGGUUGAUCCCGACUCAGACGUCGCGCGUGCCCUGCAGCCCCUUCUCGAGCAAGAGGCGCUCAUCGAAUCCUUCGUCGAGGAGGCGAAGGCGCAUCGGAAGUUCGAGGACGUGAAGACGCUGAAGGCGAACUUGGCUGAGAUACGCGGGGAGAUUGAGCGAAUACUGGCGAAUGCCAACGCGCAUAGGUGA